CGAGAGCUUCGUCAUUCGAGUCGGGUAUAGAAGAAGAACAAAGUUUGGUGCCAACCAUGGCUGUGCGUAUUGCGCGCGGGAUGGAGGACCGGGUGGCGUCGGGCAGCCAGCUCAUCUGGAGCCUGGCGCAUCAGACCCUGAGGAGGUGGUACAGCCGUGGCCUGAUGCCGUGCCGACGCUUACUAGAAGCCUGGUUCAGGAUGGGGAAGUGCUACCAGAUGACCGCGGGCCGUCAGUGUCAGGUUCACCUCCUCGAUGACAGGAAGCUGGAGCUGCUGGUUCAGCCCAAGCUGUUGUCCCGCGAGCUGUUGGAUCUUGUGGCCUCACAUUUUAACCUGAAGGAGAAAGAAUACUUUGGGUUGUCCUUUAUAGAUGACACUGGCCAGAGUAACUGGCUCCAGCUGGAUCGUAAAGUCCUGGAUCAUGACUUCUCCAAGACUUCAGGGCCUUUGGAGCUCAAGUUCCUAGUGAGGUUUUAUAUUGAGAAGAUCACCUUCUUGAAAGACAACACGACAGUGGAGCUGUUCUUCCUGAACGCUAAAUCUUUCGUGUUUAAUGAGACCAUCGAAGUGGAGAGUGAACAUGUUUUCAAGUUAGCCGCAUUCGCAUUGCAGGAAGCCAAGGGAGAAUACAGCAGUGAGGAGACUGCCAGAGCAGACCUGAAGCAGCUCCCAGUUCUGCCCACCCGAGUAUUAAGGGAGCACCCGUCUCUCAAUUACUGUGAGGACAAAGUGAUUGAACAUUACAAGCGACUGAAAGGACUGACCAGAGGGCAAGCCAUUGUGCAGUAUCUGGCCCUGGUGGAGUCCUUGCCGGCAUACGGAGUCCAUUAUUACCCAGUGAAGGACAAGCAAGGACUGCCGUGGUGGCUGGGAGUCAGCUACAAAGGCAUCGGCCAGUACGACCUGCAGGAUAAACUGAAGCCGAGAAAGCUGUACCAGUGGAAGCAGUUAGAGAAUUUGUAUUUCCGAGAGAAGAAAUUCGCCGUUGAAGUAAACGACCCACACAGAAGAACAGUGACCAAGAGAACAUUCGGACAGACUGGUCUCGUUAUCCACACAUGGUAUGCCAGCCACGCUCUGAUUAAAACCAUCUGGGUGAUGGCCAUCAGUCAGCACCAGUUCUACCUGGAUAGGAAGACGAGCAAAUCAAACAUGCCCACAACCAGGAGUUCGGGAGACAUCGCCAUGGACCUCACAGAGAUCUCCGCCCCGCGGAUCAUCACUAAACUGUCGAGCAUCGAGAGCAGAGACCAGCUCAUCAUGGCCAGCAACGGCAGCCUCAUCUCGGCCGGUUCCGCCGACUCCGAAGUCAGCGAGGAGCAGAAGAAAGAGAAGGUCGCCAAGUUGAAAAAAAAAGAAAAAAACCUUCAAGACACACUGGCGCAGAAAAUCGAGGAACUGAAGAAGAUCUGCAUGAGAGAAGCCGAGCUUACGGGCAGAUUGCCUAACGAGUAUCCCUUGGCCACCGGGGAGAAGGCGCCUCACAUACGACGGCGUGUCGGCACCGCCUUCAAGCUGGAUGACCUCUUCCCCUAUGAUGAGGACCCACAUCUGAGGAAUCUGGAGAGCAGAUUCGCCCUGCAGCAGAAGAUCGUGGAAGCGGCCAGCAGGUUAUCCAACGAGGGCGACCUCUGCAAGACGGUGAAGAAGAAGAGGAGAAGCAACUAUCUGGAUGCAAUGAGGAAGCUGGAGGAGAUCGAGAAGGACAUCAACGCCUACAGGAUCAAGAAAGGAAAGAAACCCACCCAGAGAGCCUCGCUCAUCUUAGCAGAUGAUGUCAACCCGUCAGAACUCAGCUCUCUGUCUGACAGCCUCACUCUGGAUGAUGACGAGGAGCUCAGUUGCCAGAGGCAGCGGUCCAGAUCGAUUCAGUAUUCCCCGAGACCACACCACGCCGGCACUCUGGACAUCCACUACAACGACAGACGGGGCUCUGACCAGCGUGCAGACAGCAGAUUAAAUUACGGCCACGUCCAGGAAUCACUCCACUGCAGUCACAGCGAUGCCUUAUCGAGCCACAGCAGCCCGUUUAAAACGGCUUCCCGGCAGCCACAUGAUGCCCGCAGCAUGCCCCCCACCCCCCUCCUCACCCGCAACGCCAACAGCAGCACCCAGCUGAGAUCAGAAGACGCUCCACAACAUUUCCGCCAGCGCAGCGGCAGCCUGGAGUCCCAGUCUCAGCUCAUGACGGAGGCGGAGCCUCCCGCGCAGACGUUCCCCUUCUCCCCGGCCCGACGCAGCAACAGCACCGAGGUCCUCGACGACGGCUCCUCCUACACGAGCCAGUCCAGCGCCGAGUACAGCGUCCCCGGCAACCACAAGCGCCGAACCCGCGGCCGCCACAGGAAAGACCAGUACGCCAACACGGGCAGCAUGCCCAACCUGGCUCAGCCGGACACCCGCUGCCACGCCUACCAACCGCGGGCCAGGCCCACCACGACGGCCUACUACGUGACGGGCUACCCCAGCUACGCCGACCCGGAGCCGUACUCCAACGGAGCCUACAUGUACGACGAGAUGGAAGGACACUACAACGUCAACCCCUCGUACCGCCUCGCCCCGACGGGGUACCACGGCCACUACGGCGCCGACGAGAUGGACGGCAUGUCGCAGAACCCGUACGCCACGCUGAGGCCGCCCAGGAACCCGCGGCAGGCGCCCCGCGGCAUCGAGCCCGUCCAGAACGUCCAGAAGGCUUUGGUGGCCGAGCACCUGAGGGGCUGGUACCAUCGCAACGCGGCACAAAGACAGGUGGCGUACAACUACGAGCGAGGCUCUCAGCAGAGCCUGGGAUACCAGACCAUGCCGGCGCCGCACAACGGCCACCACAGCAGCCACAGCAGGAACGUCUCCUACUCCUCAAUGUCGUCGGUGUCCUCUCGCGGAAACUGGCACGGCCACAUGAGUGUCGGUCGCGGUAUGUCGGAAUACGACAUGCCGGCGCACGCUCCGCAGACCUACUCCUACAGCACGGCCCCCUACAGCCACUCCGCCCACAACAGGUCCUCUAUAGACGUCAGCCAAGUGGACUCGCACAUCGGUCACCAAAUGCACACUGAGCUGGAGCCCGAGGACCAGAUCCAGUGGCACGAGGACUCAAAACCGGGAACAAUAGUGUAGUUGCCCAUCCUGCCGACGGGCUGUAUUCGUGUUUUUUUUCACCAUGACCAAGUGGUCAAUGUGCCUUAGACUGCACUUAACUGGUUUUUCCUUUUCCAAGAGGAUCCAAAGAAUGAAGGAACUUGACCGUUUAAAGGAAUUGGAGUCCUCUCGUUUUUUUUCCCGUUCUCGUGAAUGCCAAACCGAACCGCGACCUAGCGAUCGUACCGAAAACCCAACGGGAGCGUCGUCGUCACUGGAUUUUGCGAGCUGCGUUGUGGUGACGGCCCCGUGUGGACUGGACCUAUGCCAGGACCUGCUGCUGUGGACCGCGUGGUGGAGGCCGAGGGGAUCGCGGACUAAAGAUCUCCAGUGUUUCUCUGUCGAGAGUUGGGCUUCACAAACCGAGGACUAGGACCGUCUCUGAGAGAGCAGAGUGAGCCGCGAGGAACACUGCUUCGCCCAUGUAUGAACACUGUAACCAUGAAGGAUUGGACAAGCUUUGUUCAAGGACACUAUUAAACAAAUGAAGGAUUGAAUUCAUGACAAAUGAGUCAGAGAGAUGGCGACUUCCUGGAACACCAGAGCCAGUUGUAUCAUUGCAUAACGCGUAACUACCAGUGUACUCUUGAUUGUCAUUCACAAAGUAUUCAGUCUAUCUCACUGUCAGUACUUGCAAUACAACUGAGCCAAAAUACUACCGUUUGAGUAUUACCUGAAGUAACACACUUUGAUAUCACUGCCACAUCUGAUCGGUCACUGCAGAGAGACAGACAUUCCCGUUUCUAACAUUUAAUUGUAACAUGGUUAUGUCAUCCAUGCUGGAAAUCAUGGACUGGUGCCCCCGCUUUCUUUUAAGAGAUCGGAGCUGUAUGUAAAUGUUGGUAUUGUAAAUACACUGGUUCUGUCUUUUAGCAUUUUUAUGUAUUUGAAAAAGCAUGUAAUAUAUAGUAAGCAACUGAUGUUAAGCUGGUUCUUAGUAAUUUGUACAAUUUAAUUUGUUUGAAUUAAAAAAAAGAAAAAUAAUCUGCA